AUGAGCUCUAUGGUAAUCUCUCAUGUAAGUGAGAGCAAAGAUCCUCUUUCAAGUGUUGACCCUCUGCAUCCUCCGAUUGAAUUUUGUAUUGAUAUUGUUCAUAAAGAAAAACUCAAUUCCCAUGAAGAAGCCAGGUUUCGAUUCCAUAAAGCAGAUUAUGAAAAGAUUACAAGUGAUCUAAAUAAUAUUCCUUGGCACAGUGACCUUUCCUAUUGUGCUAGCGUUGACGAUAUGGUAGCACAGUUCUAUAAAAUUCUUAGAGUUAUAAUUUCUAAACAUGUUCCAAAAUCCAAACCACGUUCUAGUAAAUAUCCAAUAUGGUUCUCCGCGGCACUGGUGAAGGUGCUGGUUCCGAUGGAAUACCUUCUAUUUUUUGCGAUAAAAUGUGCUAGUGAACUAGCACUACCACUCAGCAUUAUUAUUAAUAGCUCUCUUAACUCUGGAAUAUUCCCAACGGUUUGGAAAAGUGCUCUUGUAAUACCAUUGUUCAAAAGUGGUGACACGAGUGCGGUAUUAAAUUAUAGACCUAUAUCUAUACUUCCAACUUUCGCGAAGGUUUUUGAAUCUAUUUUGUGCCCAAUAAUAUCGAGUCACUUCAAACAUUUUAUCGCACCUGAACAGCAUGGAUUCGCUAAGUCACGUUCCACGUCGACUAAUUUGGUUUCCUUCGUGGAGGAUCUUGCUGAGGGGGUUGAUCGUGGGCAAUCAUAUGAUGCAAUAUACACCGAUUUCAGCAGGGCCUUCGACAGGGUGAGCCAUGUUAUGUUGAUACACAAACUCUCCUCUAUUGGAAUUGAUGGCAUAUUUUUAAAUUGGUGCAGAUCAUACCUGUCAAAUAGGCAGUCAGUAGUUGUAGUUGGUGGGUACAAAUCCAAAGAAUUCACUGCCAUAUCUGGAGUGCGUCAAGGGUCACACUUAGGUCCAUUAUUCUUUAAUAUUUUCAUUAACGACAUCGGAAGCUGCGUUCAAGGGUCUAAAUUCUUGAUGUUCGCUGAUGAUUUAAAAUUAUAUAGAACUGUGAACUCACCCGAGGAAGCAAUGUCACUGCAAAAUGAUCUGGACAAUUUGAUAAUGUGGUGUAGUUUAAACGGAAUGAAUUUGAAUCCUGAAAAAUGUCAUGUUGUUCGAUUCAGCAGGAAAAAACGCUCGCCAACCAGAGUCUAUCAUAUUAAUCAGGCAUUUCUUAAGGAUGUCAGCCAUACUCGGGAUUUAGGUGUGAUUCUGGAUGGUAAAUUGCGUUUUAACUUGCAUGUUGAUGAUAUUACAAAUAGGGCUUUUAGGAUGUUGGGCUUCGUCCUGCGUAAUUGUAAGGAAUUUAGGAAUCCCAGCACUAAUGUUACAAUUUACACAUGUCUCGUACGUAGUAUUCUCGAAUAUUGCAGUCCUGUGUGGAAUCCGCAUUACGGUAUCUAUAUCAAGCGCUUGGAGAAUGUACAGAAGCGAUUUUUAUGGCACCUAUCCUAUGGUUGCAACAUGGCUAGGAAACUUCCUAGUUAUAACGAUCGUCUAUUACAUUUUCACCUUAAAUCACUUCGUCAUCGUAGAGAGCUGCUUGAUAUCAUGUUUCUGUAUAAACUUAUAAAUGGAAUUUUGGAUACCCCUGAUAUCUUGUCCAGAGUAAACAUUUCUGUUCCUAAAAAGCUGCAACGAUUUGCAAAGCCUCCUUUCAGAAUUAAGUUUGCAAAAUCAAAUCUGGGUCAGAAUGCUCCAUUAAAUAGAUCUUUAAGGAGUUAUAAUUUAAUUCAUAGCGUUGAAAUUGAUGGUGGUAUUGGAUCGCAAUGGGGGGGUCGUGAAUUCCCCCAAAUAGAUCUGUUUUCAAACUCCCCAUCAAUUUUCAAAAAGUUAGCGGCUCAGCUGAUUACUCAUUAA